AUGCGUGUUAUUGGAGCUAUAUUAGGAUGGAUAUUACUGGCCUGGCAACCUGGCAAAGAUUACUCCGACGGUAAGUAUGCCUAAGUAGCUAUUUACUAAGGCUGGAUUAGCGCUAACUUUAGGUUCAAAAAUUUAGCCCGCUGGGUUUUGUUUUGUAUUUCUGUAUGUCCUUUCAAAACCUCUGCAGGGGCCUGUUGUUCAAAGCUGGAUUAACACUAAUCCUCGGCUAAAGUUUAACCCGCUGUUUUGGUUUGGAUACAAUUGCACUUCUGUUUAUUUCAAAAGUUUGAAAAAGAAAACUUCUAUUGAUUCAGACAUGAAUGUGGAAAACUAUCUUCGUGUUGUUGGGAAGAUUGCUUUGCGUAUAAUUGUUCGUGUUCACAUAAUUAUAAUUAUAACUCUUCAAAAGUGCAACCAGUUUUGCCUAAUAAAGGACAAGGUUCAGAUUUAUGCAUAUAUAAGAACUAUAAAUCUGCUAUAAUCUUUCUUUUUUUCUUUAAUGGCGCCGGUUGUUCAAAGCUAGAUUUGCGCAAACCAAACUUCUGUUGAUCUAGACAAGAUUUCUGAAGAAAUAUCUCCAUGUUUAUAAGUGGCUGUUUGGAAGAUUGCUUUGACGAAUUUUCUUAACCCGGGAUUAAGCUAACCGGCUUUCGAAAAACCGGACCCUGGAGUAUGUUUUCUGUCAGGGCGGACAGAGCUGUCAGACCUAGGGCUGGAGAACUUUGGGACUCUGGAAUUACUAAGGGGCCCCGGAAUUUCGUACGAAGGAGGACAGAUUCAGGCUAUUUCGUUAUGCUGAAAAUUCACCUGGCUUCUGAGCAGCCUAUAUGAUACGUGAUUGGGCCUUCCAAGCAAGCUAUUCGUUCGUAAGCAUUUUUUGAUGGGCUUAUACAUGGAGGGGAUUAUAUACAGGGGGGAGGCUUACAUGCAGGUGACAUUUGAUAUUGGUAAUAAUAUUUAUUGUACCUGUAAAAUUAUAUACAAAAAGAAGUAGCCCAUGGCUUAUACAUGGAGGGGCUUAUAUUCGGAAUAGCCGAACUUCUCGUUCCCAUAUUCCUCAAGAGGCGUGCAGAUUUUAGACUUGCUCUCACUCUUCAUUUGCGCGCACCCUUUAGGCCUUUACCAUAUAGUCUUUGUUCUGCGCCCUUUACUAUAAGGAGUAGACCAUUAGAUAUUCUGGGGUGGGGUGGCAGAUCCCCCCACAAGAGCGGAAUUUGAAAACAAAUUGUAGGGAAAGAAAUCCUGCAACACAUGCAGUAUACAGAAAGAAAUAUAUUUUAAAAAAUUCUGCAUCGCUCCUACACUAGCCCGCGUGCAGGCCCAAGAAUAGUGGGCCUGCAAGCAAGGCCCAGUAUUUUGUAAAACGCCCCUUUUCAUAACACGCCCCAUUCGCGCGUCAAUUGUCAAAAAAGAACCAAUGACAGCAACCCAAAUAGUAACAAACAAACUCGCAUUAAAAUAUUGCGGGGUUUUCUCUGCUUUAAUAUUCAAAAUAUAAACAAUGUAUAUUAAAAUGUCUGUGUUUUAACUCCAAAAAAACGGCAAGCAACGCAGUCAGUAUUAAAUUGCCGAAUUUGCAAGUGCUCAUUUUCAACUAAAAUCGGAACAGGCAAAUUAGGACGAAUUUUGAACAGAAAACCAGUCUCAAACUUCAAAUCGUGAGGGAAGUCCUGCGACCACAUUUGCUUUAGUGUGUGCUUCGCUGUCGCCAUUGUUAUAAAUAAAUUGUCUCAUCAGAUCGUGUAUGUAAUUCUUGUUGGCGGCGGAAAGUACGAAAUUUAUUUAAUAAUAAUAAUUUAAUAAAAUACCGAUUUGUAACCUGUAGGUUAAAUUACAUCAGUAAAAAGUCUCAUUAUACUACAAUAUAAAUAUCUAAAUGCAUUAAAUUAUUCAUAACUUCAGUUGAAAAAGUUAUAGAGUUCAAAUUUAAAAAUAUUAAAAUUAUGGUCUAUUCAUAUGUGAAACCAUCUGUGGAAAAAACGAUUUCAUAAAUCUGUCCGUUUUACAACUAUAGUUAUUAUAAUCGCUUCCAUAACGUGUAUUAUAGUUAUGAUCAAGUUUAGGCGGUAAGAGGUCACCCAAUUUGUCUCCAUGUGCAUUUUUAACAAAAAAACGUUCGCAUAAUAAUCGCCGCCGAUCUUUCAGUAAGGGUAUACCAGUAAUACUGCAAGCUUCUCUUUAAGUAGCGAAUGGCAAGACAAUACGCAGAGCCCGUUUCUGGAGUUUUUCGAUAUCUUCACUUAGGUAUUCUGUAAUAUUGAAGUGCCAAACUUGGCAGGCAUAUUCGAGUACUGGUCUGAUAAUGGUGCAGUAUACCAAAAUUAGAAUGCUAUUGUCGGCAUUUGAUCGUUUUAACAACCUUCGCAUAUAAAGGCGUUUUCCCGCUUUUUUAACAAUAUGGUUCACAUGCUCGUUCAUUUCAAAUCAUCUUGAAUUGAAAGACCAAGACUUUACCCGCUCAAUACCAACGUUAUUUAUAGUUAACGGUAAGAACUCAUGUUUUUCUCUUGCAAAGUCAAUUACCAUUUCCUUACAUUUGCCGAUGUUGAGCUUCAUAUUAUUAACUUCACACCAAUUAUAGAUAACAUUCACUAGAUCUUGUAGUUCACUACUCUCAGUUGAUGUAACUCGUUCAGCAAACGUACUGUCAUCAACAUACUUCCAUUUCAGUUAUUUCAUUUGGUAAAGAACUCUACAAAAGAAGAGAGCGUUCAGAGUCCAGAUUGUUUCGUUUCAAACGGCAAUUAUCGUAUUCUGUUUCGCUCUUUCAGCGAAGCCUUGCAAAUCGCAAAGUGUUUCGAAUAGGCUUACAUGCAACUGCCUCUAAAUCUUCAACGCGAAAAGCGCUGUUUUCUUCAGUGCAAGAUCAACCAAAAGAUAAUUUUCUUGAGGAACAUAUAUAACGUAUCAAGUCGGUUUGAAAUUAAUGAAACUCGGGUAAAGGUUACUAUAGUUUACUCCAGUCGUAAUGAUACUAAUGUUGCUAUUCCAACACUUCACGACAAGCAAUCCCCAUUGGCAUAACGGCAAAAAUAUCUCUUCCUUCAAGUAAACAAUAAAAGUGUGUUCUUGUUUUAAUCGAAAAAAGUGAUCAAUUUUCGAAUUUUAAGCUUAUCGAGAGCCUUUGUGAUGAAUCACUGAUCUAAUUAUAUAAUCCAACAGCAAACAGCCAAUCAGAAUGCCGCGUUCGUGGGCGUACGCGGAAAGUACAAAAUACCGGGCCUCGCUUGCAGGCCCACUAUUCUUCCCUUGGGCCUGCACCCGGGCUACUCCUACACCGUAAAAAGUGAACUUGAAGAAAAUGUUUUUGCAAGGAAAAUUUCUCGUGGCCCGUCCCAGGACAUUCCUAAAAACGCAGAUAGAUGGCAGACGUGGACAUUGCGUAAGCAUGCAAAAGGUUUUGUAGAUGGAAAUUGUGAAUGUGAAUUUUGUACAUUUAUUAUACCUAACCAGGAACAGUUGCAAAAAAUGCAACUAUAUAGGCCUUCUGGCAGGAAUCGAACCUGUGCUCCUUUGAUUCCGGUGCAGCGCUCUAACCAACUGCCCUCCCAGAUGUCCUACUCCCCACCCCCGUCAGCAUUAAGGCCCGUUUACACUUGCAAUUUUUACCGCGAUUUCUAGUGCGAUUUUCUCCUUCUGAUGGAUGUGAACGAGCAGAUGAGUUACGAAUGUUCGGAGGAUAUGUACCCUCAUCUGAACAUUCAUAACUUAUCUACUCGUUCACAUCCAUCAGAAGGAGAAAAUCGCACCUCAAAUCGCAGCAAAAAUUGCAAGUGUAAACGAGCCUUUAGGUGAGAACGUAUUGAUCAAAAAUCGCGGCUUUAUUAUUAUUUAGGCAUUGGAUUUUUGGCCGACAUGUUGGUUGACAAUUUUGUCCACCGACAUGACGGCCUAAAAUCAAAUCCUAAAACGAGGUCUAAUAAAAAGUGGAAGAAAAUUAUUGUUUUUAUUAUGUUUUUAGUCAGUCUAUUUGAUGAACAACCGACUCCCGAGUUAUCUGGACCCCCAGGGAAGAACCAUUUACCAGGAUGCAAUGUUUCUCAGAUACCACAAUGUGUGGGAUACAAGGAUAUCAGUCC